AUGUCAGAGGAAGAAGCCGAAGGCUCCAUACAGGUGGAAGAUACAUCUGAAAAAGAAAACAUCGAACCUCCGUUAAAGAAAGCAAAAUUAAGGGAAGACAGAAAAAGCGAUCGGCUUGUAAAAUUGGAGGCUCGUUUAAACGACAUCCUUAGCUGUACAGUUUGCCUUGAUUUACCCACCAAAUCGGUUUUUCAGGUAGGAAUAAAAUUAAUUAAAUUUAAGGAUGAAAUCUCAAGCUGUUUGGUCCAAUGGUAACUAUUGCUAACUUCAAUAAUCUGGUCUUUUAGGAUUCAAAAUAUAAUUCAUUUCGGUGAUGUCAAUUCUGGUUGCAUCGUUUAAUACCUGCAUUGCCUUUGCGCUUUGUUAUUAUCUCCUAUCCAAUAACUAUGUGUCAACGAUACACCCCAUCGUAGGUUUUGUAUUGUAAAGAUAAUCUCUUUUUUUCUUUAUUUUGCACAGCCGUGCUUGUCAGCAAGGUUAGUUUUAUACUCAAAGGUCAAAGUGUGUUGCGAUCCUUGCCGAAAUUACGGACAGUGGUUACGUUACGUUUUCGAUUUGCACUACGCAACAACCAUACCAUCGUUUGACUUGUAGUUUUUUCUAGAGAAUUUUGUGUCGAUUGCGUCUGUUAGGAAGCUCAUUUUGUUAGCUCUACGUUUAUGUGUCAUUGUUAUUUGUUUCAUUGGUGAUAGAUUUAUAUAAUAUGAGAAUACGUUGUCUCUGAAGAAAUCGAUGUAGUACGUACCAACGCUUCAUUAAGAUUCUGUCAUACUCAAUUAUUUAUGUGAAGAAUCGAUUUCAUGAGGCGUUGAAAAUUUAAUUCCCAUGGUGAAGGUUUUACUUCUUUUAUCACUCUUUAUAGAUUAUAUUAGUUUCGUGGCCACUUACGGUCCCCAACAAACUUGUUAUUUUCAUCAGAAAGGAAUUGUCUCCUGUGGUGCAAACAUUUCAAUCACUCUACAUCAAUGUCAGCUGAAGAAAAUUUAUUCGAUGUGACUUUGGUUAUAAUACUUGGUGGUGAAAACUUCUUGUUUACUAUAACUGCAGCAAGGAAAAUCGAGUUCUUCUGACAAUCCCUUUCUCUGAUUUUAGAACUAUUUGUGGUUAAUAACACCAUUAGCACUUUUGUGUACCAGUGAAUUUUGUGGGUCAUCCCUGAAACUAUUAAUUAAAUUUUAAUUAUUACCCAGGAUAAAUUAUGGUUUUAAAGGUGGAGUGGGUCAGAAAUUCAUGAUCAUUUAAUGUUGCACUCUAAAUUACAGACACUUUUAUGGAGUGGCAUUCUCCAGCUUUAUUGUCAUAAUAUAAGAAUAAAUUAUCUUAUGGAAGGUGUGCAAAAUACACCCUGUUCUGUUUUUAUUAACUUGAGUUUGAUUUUUGAUUCAGUGCCGAAAUGGACACCUGAUGUGUGCCUCAUGCUUCACACAUCUCUUGGCUGAUAGCCGAUUGAAAAAUGAGCAGUCAUCAUGUCCCAAUUGUCGAACAGAGAUCAAUCGCAAUAUCUGUUCACGUAAUUUAGCAGUUGAGAAAGCUAUCUCAGAACUUCCUGCAGAAUGCCCAUACUGCAAUCAUGAACUGCCACGGAGCCAUUUGAAAAACCAUGAGGAGAAGGAAUGUUUAAACAGGUAAGUGAACUUUGUAUUUGUAUCAGUAUUGGCUCUUCAAUGUAUUAAAAUGUUUCUUUGGGUUGAAUUAUUGCUUUACUGUUGUUGAUUUCUUCAUCUUUUGCAGCCCUUAAUAUUUUUUGAUUUUAAGUUAUGUGGUGAAAUAAAGUAGUGAAAACGAUACUUUGUUUGCUUUGAUCUCUUAUUGUGUAAAGGCAUGUGGGUUGGAAGGGAUUUAUGUGUGAAGCCCCAAUAUUUCGAAUACAGGCAAAGCUUCUCUUCCAUUUGCUUGGUAUUUCCCUCUCCAUCCAGCGCACAUUCUGCAAACAAUAAGUGCUGUGGAACAUAUUCUUAAUUUCAAUUUUACAACUUUCAAAGAAGUAAGCUAGGUGUUUUUGUAGUAUCACCAGUUAUCUUGAUAUCAUACUGCAAAAAAUGUAAUAAUCUGUUGUAAAUUAACAUGUCAUAAUUUUGAGCAAUAGAGAGAAUGGCUAUUGCAUGGUUAUUCAUAUAGACAUUAAAUGAUUUUUGGACUUAAGAUGAGCACUAUAACUAGAAACCUAGAUAGUUAGUGGUGUAUUGAUUGCUUUGGUAUGUAUAAAUAUUGAUUCAGUGUUAAUGAUUCAUUAACAAUAUUUGAUUGAAAGUAUGAAAUAAAAUAGUUGAAAUGAUGACUCAGUGUUUUGCCCUUUAAAUUUAGCGGGAUAUGCUUUAUUUAUUCAGCAAGGCCUUAAUGUCAGUAUGGGUAAUGUAUUAUCCAAACUUUUUUGGUGACUUUGUUUCAUUUGAAAUUCCAAAGUGGAUCUUAUCACCAGUGUUGUCAAUCUAUAAGAUGAGAAUUAAGCAAUUUGAUUGUGGUGCAAUCGACUUGCAUUGCAUUAUGGUAUGACCCUGUAUGGCAUCAUACUCUGCUGCGAUUGAUCAGUUUUUAACAGCUGUGAUUGGUGUGUUUAAUUGACAAUAUGUUCCUUCAGAGGUUUACUGUAUUAGGGCUCUCCUGUACAGUUCUACAACUGUAGACUUCCACCCACUUAAGAAUAAGGUUAAGGUUACAUUCAUUGAACAUGACCCUUAUUGUUACACAGGCAGGGGAAAGCAAGGAGGUAAUUCACAUGGAAAUUCACCCUUACAUCAUUAGUGGGAUCAUGGGAUAGAAAUUUCAGAAGCAUAUCAUCAAAUUCCUACAAACAAGAAACAAAGCAAGAGAGCAUUAAAACAGUAGCCUGCAGAGAGAACACAUUCUCACAAUGCAUUAAUCACAACUGUAGAAAAUAAAACCAAUCAUGGCAGAACUCAUAUCUUCAUAAGGUGACAUCUGAUCAACCUCAUUGCUAGAAGACUAGUAAGGUGUAGUUAAAUGGUCACAAACCUGAUGGGACAGAAGUUUCCAUAUUAUGAGGCAGACAAGAACACCUACCUGUCAAUUGCCUUUCCCCAUGACAAGUGGACUACUCUUUGUGAUAUAACAAACAUGUUAUCAAAGAGAAGGGAAGAACGGGGAAAAGAACACUACCAUGAAUACCUGAUAGCUGGCUCCCAGCCCUCUUUGGAGAAAACAGAAAUCCUUCACAAUUGCACAAAUUGUUUUUGGCAUGGUGUAGUUUGUUUUGUAACAAGUUAUCAGCUGCAUUGUGAUUUGGCUGGCACUGGUUAAUUGAAUUGUGGAUAACUUUAUCAUCCAAAUUCAUCAUGAUCUGUCACAUGGUUCAUGCACCAGAUAGAGAUUGGCAUUGUUCACAGGAACACCAAAGAGCCAAAAGAUUCACAGAGCAGAAGAAAAGUUGUCAAAAUGAAAUACUCCAUUGAUCUGGAUAUUAAUCAACUGUUUAAGUGUUUUGACAGGACGGAGAGCCCACAAUAGGUGGUGGCAAAUAAAGAUGGAGCUAACAAUGGUUUCUUUGGGAACAUAAGAAACUGAAAAAGAACACUUUAAGCUUUCUUCAAAUUGAAAAACCUGCCACUAUGAAAGCAAACUCUUUUCUCUCAAAAAACAGACUGACCCCAUUAAUGAUUGGACAGUGUCCCUUUAAUUGGACGGUCAGGCUACUCCUAGUAAAUAAAAAACUGACUUUGGAAACUGACAUACUGAUGAAUCAUGCCUCCUAUUCUACCCACACAUAUCAGUAACCUUUUGUCCUUUUUACUUACAUCAUUAUGUAACAUUUCUAACCUUACUAAUGGAAACAUUCAAUAUAUUUCCAUUAAAUUCUGGCUGGGAAACUUUGGUCUUUCUUAUGGCUUUGACUACUUGAAUCACUAAGAGAGAUGUUCCAAACAAGUUGGAAAACUUCAUACCAAUGACCGAUAUUGUAUACAUGAAUUUGCAGUGUUACAGAGUUUGACUGAAAAGCAAUAUAAUCUCUUAAUUUUAAUUUGUCUCUGAAAUUAGCUGUGUCACUAGAAUGAAAUUUUCAGAACCAAUAAAACCAGCAUAUGAUGUGACUUUUAAAGAUUCGAGAAGUGAAGCGCCACAAGAAUCGUACUUUAAUAUUUUGCACAUUUGUGUUGAUGUGUUUGUGAGUAAAGAUGUUAAAAUAACCGUAAGGAUAAUAUUAAUUAUGCUUUUUCUACAUUGAUUGUGUUUAAAUUGUGCAUAAGUCCUUGUGCUCACAACUUGUUAGCUUGUAAAGUUGUUCUAUAUACACCUGCUGUUAAACUGUAAAAUAGUAUAUUUCUGUACAUUUUGUACUUGGAAAUGUGCAAACUUAUCACAAGUGCAUUAGUAGGUCCCCCUGGGGGCUGUCAAUUACCAGGGCUCAAAAUCAGGGGGCUAAUAUGGGUGGGGGCAUUUUUGUGUGUAGGGGUGGGGGUCUUAUGGUUCACAAAAACUUGUUGAUGGAAGCUCACAUGAUAGGGGUAGUUUCUUUUCCUUAUCUGUCUACCAGCCAUAGUGAGCACUGAGUGUAACAUUUAAUUUUUUUUUUCUUUGGGGCAGGGUACAGGGAGAUCUACCUAUUACUGGAAUACUGCUAAGUCCAAAUGAAAAACAAUAUGAGACCUUUUUCUUGGGGGUGGAAAGGAGGGAUAAAUGGUCAGAACUUAUGGUAAACAUCUGGGCACAAGUGCUUUGUUUUCUUGAUUGGUAAUUCUCAGUAUGUUCAUACCACUACCUGGGGAGGAACUGGUCUUUAAAAAGUGGUUACAGAUGUUAAGAUGACAGUUUCACUUUCAGCUAUCCACCCAGUGCUCAUAUUUUAAUGUGGUCAUUUGAUAACAGUAUGUACGGUCACCAAAUGUAAUUUUCCUGGUUACAAGGGUUAUGGCUAAACCUUCAGUUACCGCAAAAUAUUUUUGUUUAGGUGAAUAUAACUUUAGGGAAAUGAGAUUCAGAACAUGGAAGGAAUUUCAGUAAAUUAUUUACUUAGUGGCAAUAGUAAGGUAACUCAUUAAAAUAAGUAAGAUCACCAUUGUCAAGCUUCAGGGGAUGUUUUACCACUAAUAAAGCACAGGGUUUAAACUAACUGCAAUGUGAAUAGGCACACAAAUUAGUGUCUGGAUACACUGGCUGGAGAAUUUAUGUUCAGGCAUAAGUAUAUAUCCAUGGUGCAAUAACUUAAGCAGAGAUAGUCUGUGAAGGCAUUCAGUCUGUAAAAUAAUGCAAAAUAGUUACUUUUGCUGAUGCGAGCUUUGAGACAGGUUGGUCAACAAACCCCACCCAAACCUCCCUGAUUUUUCUUUGGUCUUAUGCUACUUUUGUGCUGUUUGCUACUGCGCUUUGCUUUGCCAACUGAAUGCCUGGAACAGCUGAGAGUAUUUAGCCAGUAUUUUUUACGCAAUCACUUCUUGAGUUAAAACAAAAGAAUUAGAGUCUGUGUUUUGACCGAUCACAGGUAAUGUGACACAAAUUUGAAACAUUUCACAAUUCACCCUCUCAAACUUAAAUUUCAAAAUCUUUGAAUUUUGUAAAUGUGCAGAUUCAGAACUUGAGUCAGUUUAGGGGCAAACUAAGAUAUAUUUAGCCACAACAGUCAUAGAACAGCUAAGAGGCCCAAUCAAGAUCAAAUGACCCCAAAAGACAGAUUUCAUGGAAUUUGAUUCAAAAGUAACUAAGGGGACUUCAUCAAAACAUUUGGAUGUUUCUACAUUGACUUUCUUUUGCUUUCUCUCGGCAGGUGGGAAAUCUUCCUUCAGCAACAUGCACCAUACUAAUGUUUAUAUUGUUAUGUCUUUCAGCAAUUCUCUUUGUUAAGGCUCUCUAUUUUGUGCUUUUACCAAAUGUCAAAACUGGAUGUUUUGCAUUUCAGCUUUGAUUAGUGUCUUAUGCUUUUUCAGGCCUGUGUGUUGCAAGUUUAAAAGGAUAGGUUGCCUGUGGGAGGGUCCAUUUCACAAGCUCAGGGAUCAUGAGGAUAAGUGUGAUCACCCCAACAUGACUGGACUGCAGCUGAUGGAGUCACUAGAAGUCAUAGAUAGGAAUCAUAAAGAUGAGCAGGAUCUCUUCCAAAACAUUCUCAACUUGCUGUCCUUUGAAAAGAUUGCUAUAAAUGGUUAAUAUUAUUGCUCCUUUGAUAUUGUUGUAGGGAUUUUUAAGAUUUGUUCUCAAUGUUUGCUUUGUGACAAUAUUAUGUACAAGCAGUUCUUUGUUAACAACUCUUUGUUUCCAUUAUUAGGUAUGUUAGUUUCUUUUCUUCUUCUUUGAUUAAUCAACCUGUUAGUUGCAGUUGAUCAAGCUCUAAUCAUAGUGACUAUAAUCAUAAAUGCAAUGCCUUGGUUUGUGUGUUUGCUUUUUUAAAUUUAGUCAUAUUCUUUACUGAUUGUGUUGACUGUUGGCCAUUUUUCAGGCUCGGUUUGUAUCAAUCCAUGGUGAGACCAACAUUUUUCACAGUACUUAAUUAACACUGUGACCCCUGGAACAUACUAAGAGAGUUAUUGUUGAGACAAACAACUUCAUUUGCACAGCACUUUUUUUUAAGCACUGCAUGCAUUCCUACUAACCAAUACAGGUUAACCAUCUUCCCAACAUCUGUAGACUUACAGCUCAAGCCAUACCGUUCAGAUGACUUUAUCCCACAACUCUGUUAUGAAAGCAGUAGAUUCAAUGCUCUGGGUCAACAGUGGGUGGUGAAAGCAACUGUGGUUGGAAAUGAGAAAAGUGUACAGAGGGUCUUGACCUAUCAACUUGUACAGAAAGGCAAAGUCAACCUCAAUGUGAAAUUCCUAAUGUUACGAAGCCCAUUCAGUGACUUGCUUAUCAAACCUGAAGUUCAUCAACAAGAAUUCACGAGUGAUUUGCAGGAAAGCAGUCAUCAUGAUCUUGUACUUUUGGACCCAAUGGAAUGCAACAGAAUGCUGGAUGCAAAUACAAUAAAGUUGAGAAUGAUUAUCUUUCAAAUCCCAAGCUCAGAAAAUUAGAAAUAAUUUUGCUAAGAAGAUGCAGUGAACAUAGAUUAGUUUAACAUCUGUAUCUUAAUUUAUCAACGUACUGUAACCAGUAUUCGUGUGAUGCUCAUGUUAAUUUGGUAUUUAUCUUUAAGUAUAAUUUGCAUCUCUUCAGACUUAUGUGUACCAUCAUGAUUCUGUUGAGUAGUAUAUUAUUUUCCCACAGAUAUAAAAGAGAGCUCUUGAAAAUCACUCUAAUUAUUAAGAAAACAUGGUCUUCUUACAAGAAACAAAUUUGAACAAAAAUGAAUUGUACUUCAAGGCAAUAUUUGUUCACUAUUUAAGCAGCCGGUUUGCUUGAGUUAAAUGUUAGUACUGUUAACCAGUUGUCUAUCUCUUAUUGGCAGCAAAGGUUAGUUGGAAAGAAUAGUAUCUUUUUGCUGCCAAUCCUUUUUCUAUUGUUAUCUCUCUACAGGCUACUACCGUGAUCAGACAAAUUAAUUAAUGACUUUUGAGGUAAAUAUACUUUUAAAAGUGAAAGACAGCAAAAUAUAUUUUCAGAUUUCAUCUUAACUGUUACUCUGGUUGGGUUCAGUAAACCAGUGUCCAUAAUGUUGUUAAAUGGUACAAUUUAAUAUUUAGACCAAAUGAUAGAGACCUGUAUUGUGAAUACCCAAACUGUAUGUAAAUAGUGGUAACCAUAACUUAGAAAACUACAGGACUGGGCUUGAAAAAAAUUCAACAAAGAUUAACAGAAGUCAUUAAUAGCAGCAAGUGAGUUUUGGCAUAAAAUAAAGUGUA